AUGACCGCACUUGUAUUAGCACAGAAAAGCCCUCGCGAAUCGCUGGUGCGCUACGACCCUCCACAAGACAUUGGGGUUGCCCCUGACCCUCCGGUUGAUCCUGAGGAUGAUGAAUUGGAGUACCUGGGCAUUGAAGCGACCGACCCGGACAAGGCCAUCGCUGAUGCUAUCGCGGCUCAGUUGACGGAAUCGGCUGAGUUGCCAGCUAUGGAUAGCAAGCCUACUACUAAGGAUGUGUUGCAUAUCCUCCUACCACCACGAGAAUGGUCUGAGAACGGCAGACAUAUCAUGCAGUACGUCAACGAUCAGCCAUCUACUAGGGUGGAUGUGAUAGCUCUGCAGGAAGCCUUGGAUGGUAAGCUUGUGGAAAGGCAAGCUAGAGAGAUCGGGAUUUGCCCGGUUCGGGAGGAGCUCUAUGGUCAAUGCUUUG